CGCGUUCUUCUCGCGGGGGAAGUAGGUCACCAAUCAGCGUUUAGAGUCCAGUCACGUGGUGGGGUUUCUCAAUGUUGUGUUAUGUUAUCUGCCAGCUGUUUUUCCGGCCGGUACAGUCAGUGCUCGGUCCGCAGUCCCCGGUGUUGUAGCUGAAGUUGACACGCUGUGACGCUCUACAUUAUGUAUUAUGCCAACAAUGUUUCAGACCGCGCAAACCUCCGCGUACAGCGUAGUAAGCUUCAACGGAUUUUCGAAUUAGAUUUUUCGAAAAAAAAUAGUGUUUUGUUUUGUGUGUGUUGAAAUAUUAGGUGUUUCAAGUCCAGAGUGUUUUGAACCGUCAGACAUUGCGACGCGAGUGUUCUUUUUGGGAGGUUAGAAAGUUUUGGAGCAGAAAGAAGUUUCGUAAAUUGAGGAGGGAAAAGAAAAUCUCACGAGUUUUCAUCAUGUCUACUGGCAAGAGAUUAGCGAAGCGAAGUAUAUUUGGCACGAAAGUAUGCGCACCCUUGGAAAACGGGAAAUAUUAUUGUGGAAGUAUCUUUGAAGUGCACACACCGGGUUCGAAUGCUAGUGGAAACGGUAUGCCGCUGACAACGAAAACGAGAUUUUUAGUGAAAUUCGAUGAUGUGCCUGGUGAAGAUAUAGUUAAGUUGAAGGAAUACCAGGAUCGAGAAAUAAUCGGUCCAGGAUUUGGAUCAAUCACUAAUACGAAACUUGUGCCAGGACAGAAAGUGUAUUUGACUUAUAACGGAAGGGAAAUACAUGCAGAAGUCACUGAACAUAAUGUGAAGACUGACGAGGUCCAUGUCGUCUUUGCUCCGUCGGGGCAAGAGAGCAUGAGUUUAGUUAAAAAGCUAGACGAAGUGAGACUUCUCGAGUCCCGAAAAAGCGCUCGUCUCUCGAAUAGUGAUACCAAUUUUGCAAAACUUGCUGAUGUCAACAGUGAUCGCAAACGAUCAACUUCCACCAAUUCCACUGAAGUACUUCCUCCUAAUGGGGACAGAGCUGAUGAAUCGAUCGCAAGACCUAGGGGGCCCAAAACCAAGACUGAACGUUUAAUAAGCAAAGUAGAGAAAGUUAGGAAACUCCACGAGAAGAGAAAUCGAAAACGCAGAACAAGCUCCGGCACUGAUUCUGAAAGAAAUUAUGACUACAAUGUUGAAAUUCACGUUUGCCACAAAGAGACUGGAUCAUGUCACAUAGAGCAAACUGGAAUCUGUGAAGAAGAUGCUGCUAAGUGGCUCAUUUCUCUGUCCCAGGGACGUGCACAGACUACUUGCACAAAUAUCCAGAAGCCCUUGCCGAUGCAAGGCGAUGGAAAUUACAGUUCCUGGCGUGUACAUGAAAAUGGCGUCGUUGGAUCACCAGGAGUUGGUGGAGCCUCCAGCAGCAGCAGUAGCGGUGGUUCUUGGAGAACUGGCACUCCAAGUCCGCCAAUUUACGAGGAUGCACGUUCCAACAACGCAAAUACUUGGUCUAAACAAGUUCACACUGCAGAGCAUAGCCCCAAACGAUAUGUUCCAGGUGUAACCCCAGAUGAAGGAAUCGUCUCUGAUUAUAUGGAACUGGAUGAUGUGAAUCCCCGCAAGAAAAAGCGAACACAGGAACAUAAUGAUGAGAUUCAUCCAGCCACCGUGGCUUGGCAUUUACAGGUUCGGUCCAAGCCCACCCGGGAUUUGAUUGAAUCGAACCCUAACUCUGAAAACACUACAAGCAAUGAGAACGGCCGUAAAGCCUACAAGUGUGCGUGGCGGAACUGUAACACCGUUAGAUUUAAGGCUGACCAGAUUGAACAACAUGUUCGUGAAGUACAUUUGAGCCAAAGGAUGCACAAACUCUCACCUCACGAAGAGGACUUUUACUUCCAGGAAAUUGAUAUAAAUUUGGUCGGUUCCCUGCCCACAUUGUCCCAUCGCGACAUGGCUAGACCACCACAUGAGGAUCCAGAAUAUCUUAAACAAUUCCACGUAGAAGCGAUCCCAGCAAGCAUUUACGCAGAAAAUGCUCUUCGCGGAGAUCCCAAUCCUUUCUCCAUUUCACCUGAAACCGCAAAGCACCUGAAGCUGGCGUCCAGAUCGUUUCACACCCUCCAGCACAACGUCGGUCUCCUGACGCUCUCAACUGACAAGCUUUCGUCUCGUCGGAAUCGUGGAGAGACCAAGAAAUGCCGAAAAGUCUACGGCAUGGAUCAGCGACAACUCUGGUGCACACAGUGCAGAUGGAAGAAGGCCUGCACUCGAUUCAACGAUUAAGCAGAGCUCUUCGGUGAAUGUCGAUGUCGCCGAUGGCGAGUGUUCUCGCCAAAUCAACCCCAGGAUUUGCCAGUGCUACCUUGAAUUUUAAACCGUCGCAUCACCUGCCAACUGUCAGUCAUCGUUUCCAGUAAGUCCUUUCACACCUUCAUUCCUGUCCAUCUCAUCCAUCGAAUCCAUGAUCAAUCGACGGUCAAGAAAGCAGCGGACGAAUUUUGAUGGAAACGUCAAUCCCAUGACGGAUGACGGACAGUUGAUGGGUCAAGACGUCGCUCUCGAAAUCCUCAGGACACGAACGGAUAAAAUGCAAACUCAAGAUUUCCUGCUGAUUAGAGGACGAUGAUAACCUUUGGUCCGAUCUAGAAGACAAGCAAGCCUGUUCGAAAAAUAAUCUGAGGACCAAAAGUGAAUCUUAAGACGAUAAAGUAUAACGCCUGGCGCUUGGCAAAUCACGACGGGGUUUCUGUAAAAGAUAAGAAAGAUAGAUAGUUAAUAUAUGAGCGAGACCCGGCGGUUAUGGACUGGAGCGCUUCCUUCAAGCGCGUUGCGCAACCGUCCGGCUGUCGUUCAAACCACGAGUGUCGUCGAGGUGCUGCGGGUCCACAGAAACGGGGAUAAAACAGAAUCUCGGCUCCAUGCUUUAUGCGCAAGCAACUCAAUGUUCAGAGUUUAAAUCUUCUAAGAGUUCCAAGCUCAGAGCCAGAGGACUCGGUUCGAUCCUCUUCUGCCGUCGAAUUAGGACCCGCUGCAUCCGAAUUAGGUUGGAUUUCUGCUCGAAAUCAGUUGCCACUCUCAAACAUGUUUUUAGAAUCAUAGAAGCCUUUCUGCGAUCCUAAAAAUUCUUUCUGAAUGAAAGUGAAGCAACUAUGUAAUGGGGAAUACAUAGCAAAUUGUGAUAUUUUCUCUAAAUCAAUCGGAUCCCGAGGGCCGAAAAUGAUAACGUGGAAAGGAAUCACACGGUGGUUCGUAGUUAAAAUGGAGGAAAUUGAUACGAGAGAAGAGUUGAGGGGCGAGGAUUCAGAGAGAAAUGGGGAAGAGAACAAAAUUUUAUACACCAAUUCUAUACUGCCAGACAAAUAAUAAAAGAUCGUUGUUCGAGUAAGUACCCGUACCUUCGAAAAUAUAUAAUGUACAUAUUGAAUGUGCGCGUAGUUGGGGUCCAGCAUUGAUAGUCUUGGUAUCUUAUCCGCAAGCAAACCUACUCGUAGAUCUUGGAAAUGCUGCGCAGUCGAAUCGAUCGAUCGAUUUUAUAAACAAACCAAAAUCCAUCCCCAAAAUCGAACCUCCUAUCUUGCUUCCUUUCUCGCGCAAAUUCGUGCCCCAAAACCGAAAUUUCCUCAGGAUCACUGGGGGGCUUUCAGGUUUCGGCCCUUGUAUAUUUUUCGUACACUUGUGGAAUCCCGAAACAGCAGGCAGAGCUGCAAAAAUAGUCGAGGAUUAGUACAAACUUAAAUAUCGGAAACAUUCCUACGAUUUCAAUUUUCAAUUUUGAAAUCCUCGGGGCUUCAGUUUUUGCAGCCUGCUUGUAUUGUAUCCUUAGUCAAAGUCUCACGACGCUUGUGAUCUCGAAUAUGCGAAGCAGUUUAUAUAAAUAUUUUUAUUUUUUUUUUUAUCAAAGAGAAGACUGAUCAUGGUCCUCUGAGUUUUUAAUUUAUUUUAAAGAGCUACGAUUCUAUUUUUUUUAAUGUGAAAAACGACGCGAUUUCAACAGAGCUACUUCGAAAGUUCUUGUUCGAUAAACAAUAACGCGUGCGUGUCGUUGAAGAGAAAACGUCUCGUUUAGACUUCCGACACGCCUAGCUAGAUUAAUUUUGUAAAUACGUAUCUACCCCAUCGGAGCAGAACCGAUCCUCCGAAUUUAAAAGAAGAGAGCUCUCUAUUAAACUUUACCACCGGAAUAAACACGCGGUCACUGUAAUGUCAAGUUUCAGGAUUUGACUGUUUACGAAACAUCCAGUUUGAUGCUGAAAUGCAUUUUCUAAAUUAGGCUUUUAAGAGUUAUUUGGUUUUUGGUAAUACCUAUUCUUUUGGGAACCGCAAAAACCAGAUCCGCUUUUGACAAUCUUUUUUUCAACACCAUUUUUUGGCGUCGAAAAUGAGGUUUUUCUUCAGCGGAGUCUCGAUUAUUUCUGUUCUCAAUUAAGAAUGAUUUUCAAUAAUGUUCGGUUUAGUGCAUGCAUUUCUUAAUUUUAAGAAAUAUAUAUAUAUAUAUAUAUAUAUACGCAUUUUCAAAAUUUACACCCUAAAUUUGGUAAAAUUUACUAGUUUAAAAAUUAGGAUAGUGAUUUACAAACUGGCAGUUUAAGAGGACCCUAUUUCCACACGAGGGUCAUUCAAAAACUUCCACUCAUCUUCCAGAAUCACUUAUUGAAGAUAAUUUUAGAAAAUUAAGCUAAUUGGACUUGUGAAGACUUGAUAAUAUUAAAUUCAAGAAGAAAAUGGAAGCAAUGGUGCUUGAAAAUUGAUUGGAAAUAGGGUGGACUGAUGAUUUAAGGACAUCACAGAUCGUGCCUUUAGCAAAAUAUAUCGUCAAUUUUAGACUGAACCUGAACAUUACAGUUUCUGUGAUGCGCUCGCUAAACCAGGUUUCUUUUCUGUAAUGCCAAAAAUCCAAAUCUAAUUUGAAACCGACAGUAUUAUGCCACCGUUUCUAUGUUUCUCUGUGUCUUACGUACAGCAGGUUUGGCAUUUUUAUCGCAUGAAAAUAGGAGGGCGUUCACUCUCAAAUUGAUUUUGUUUUUAAUCCAAGGAAGUUUAUACGUCAAAUCAGUGUACGUUGCUGCGAAAGUGGUAGAAAAUUUUUUUAACUUUUAUUCAGCGCUAAGUGUAUUCCGGGUAAAAAGCCUUGAUGGUAGUAAGUUAAUUAAGAUAGACAAUAAUCUGCGUCACUUUAAAGCUUACCAUCAUUAAGCAUCGCGUUAUAUGUAAACAACUUUAUUAUAAAUUUAAAACGUCAAACAAUAAACACAGAUUUAAGAUUAUCAAAAAUAAGUGGUCUUAUCUUGUUUUCCUUAGUGCUUUUAACAAAAUCGCUUCAAUCCCGAUUUGCCAAUCCUGGUGUAACGAUUCAAACCACGAGUUUUAAAACUAAGAGACUCUCGACUACAACAAAAUCUCAAUCUUGUCGCACAAAAUAGAAACAUGGAAAUAUCGCGACUAAGAACUUUUCCCCAGAUAGUUACUCACAACCAAAGGAAUUUCCGAAAAAACAGUUUCCUCUCAUUGUUAGAAACUAAUGAAAUCAAUGCAGAAACAUAAAGACGCUAGUACUAUUGAGAAACUUGCUAAGCGUUUUUUAUCACUUUUGAAAUGACAGCUAAAAUUAGAUUUAGCAGCUUGAUCCAGAAAUUUUUUCGGCUUGUAGAUCUCACAACGACCAGUAAAGUGAAAAAAAUAUACUAUAGUUGCAAACGAUAGUGAUCGUCAUUCAGCAGAAAAGUUGGGAUUCCAAAGGGGCAUUUGGGAUUUUCAUAUCCUGAGGUCGAUUGUGCCAAAGUUUCUACUGUUUUUCUUCAUCCAACAAGGGAGGAAUUAUUCUGGGAAGGAGCGAUUUUAUCGAUGAAUUGAAACUAGCAGAGAGAAGUAUUGUAAAAGGCUCCGUUAAAUAGAGGUACGCUACUCGCAAGUAGAAAGUAAUUACCGUCCAGAUAGGUACCUUGCCCCCCUCUUUUCUAGGUCAAAUCCGCACAAUGGUAGUCGGUCGAUAGGCGAUCGACAGAAAUCGAUCUUUUUUUUUUAGAUAUACUAAUACGUACACCGUAAUUCGAAGAUCAGCAUCGCUGGCUGCAAAAAGACAAUAUCUCAGGGUAUCUCAAAUACUACUUUUUUUUAGAUCCUCCAAAGAAAAUUUAAUUUAUUCAAAUUGUCUUGUUUUUAGUUUAAAUAUUUUGGCAUUCCAUUUGUCCAUUUCUGAUUUCAGUGACUCAGUUUCAACUUUAAAGUAUCUUUACACUAAAAUACGUACCAUACAAUAUAAAGUACUUUUACCAAAGUAAAAAUAUAAAGGCGUUGACUUCCUGACAAACUCUGUGCACCAUUACAAAGUACCUCAUACAACAGUACCUUGUGUCGCAAAAUAUACACAUAUUAACUAAAUAUAAUAAAGUACGAGAGUAGCCUAGUGAAAUAAAACGAGAAUCUUACCACUACAUAUUUUCAAGCUCGGAUCUUACUUAAAGAACGCUUUUUAUAAGCCUCAACAUAUUUUUCGAAACUCAAAUCAGACUAGAAAAAUAUUGUUAUGGAAGACUGAAAUCUUCACUCACGAAUUUUCUCCGAUAUGAAACCUUCCCAUUUAAAAUUUCAACAAAAAUCCCAACAACAAAAAAAUUCUUUUUUGCGGCGAAGAUAUUUAUUUCCUCGAGCAAAAAUUUUGUUUUAAUACAUAAUAUGCGACAUCCUGCUUUUCGAUCGAUUCGACUCGAGCUUGACUUGAAGGUCGUUCUUACCAGGAAAUUUUUUUGGAUUUGACUAUUUGAGAGAUGGAUCAAGAGGGGGAAAGUUGAUAAGAAAAGUUUGGAAAAAAGGGGAAAAAAACGUGUCGCGGAUACCUAUGGCCGGGAUAUAUCAUACCAAAACGAUCUCAUAUCGAUUAAUAAAAUGCAAUUUUUCGAGAUGUACGGUUGGCCCCGAAUAGUUCUCGCCGGACGAGGAUCGUAUAACUUUAGCGGCUGUUUAGCGAAUUCUGUAAGAGAGUUAUAGCCAAUCUUAACAAUCUAGGGGAUAAUAAAUAAUUUAAACGAUUCAAUAAAUAAUAAUAAUGAUCCUCGGGAGGUUGCACUUUCGACCUUGGUCGGCCGUACGAAGCAAAGACAUAUUAUAUUAUUAUUAUUAUUAAUUAUUAUAUAUUAAUUAUUACCAUCGUCAUCGUCACUAUCAUCUUCUAGAAUUAUAUACCAUUAUCGCUAGUGCAUUAGGUUAUUAUCACCUACGUUCUCGCAAUGUUGUAUACAUGCUAUUUCUGCGAAACUUGAUUAUUAUUAUUAUUAUUAUUAUAUUAAUGCGAUUAUUGUCUAUUAUUAUUAUUUUUAUUAUUAUUCUUACAUUACAUUAUUAUUGUAUAAAAAUAUAUUAGGAAACUCGUUAUAGUAUUUCACAAUACUCCACAAGGACGAUAUUGUAAUCCGAAAAAAAGCGUUCGACGAUCUCCGAAGGAAAGACACACGCUGAUCAUUAAAAAAAACUCGAAUGAAUUGUAUCUUUAUCGAGUGCUGCUCACUCGUAUUUAAUAUCGGACAAAGAUUAGAGAUUUUUAAGAAAAUAUAAUAAAAGAGGAAAAAGUAUAAAAAUUAGUGUCUCUAAAGAUAUUUUUCUGAUUCCCUAAAUUAAGAGGAUAACAAUGGUAAUGUUCUAUUUUUUAAUUACGAAUGCUCUCAAGAUUUGUCCGGUGUUCUAUCGAGGCUCCUUUUUUCCUUAAUACCGCGCCUGAGAUUGUCUGUGAGAAAAGUGCACCCUCGCGCAUUAUUGUGAUUCGAGAAGUCUCAAAAACUUCCAACGAGAAGAACAUGAACAUCAGCAAAAAUUGUAUAUACUCUUCUAUAUUUUUACGCAAUAGAAGCAGAAAGAUAUAGAAGCUCUAGUUUUACAUUGGAUGAAAUACAGAUUAUCG